AUGGAUGCUCAACCCCGGUCGUUGCCUAUCCAUCCAAUUGACAAAUAUGGCCCCAAGUUCGUCGAGAAGGCUGACAGGAUACAACGCCGGAUCACUAUGAAGGAUGAAAGGAAGCCCGCUGGAGGCUUCGAUGCCACUCCGUUUCCGCAUGCUCCGCCAGGCUAUACCCUUAAAAUCACUUUUCAUCGCGCAAACGACCUGCCUGUUGCGGACUUUGGCAGUUUCUCCUCUGACCCGUAUGUCUCUGCGCAAAUGGUCGUCAACCUACCGCGCCGCCAUAAACAGGAUCCCCCGGUCAGAUUUCGAACCCCAACCAUUCGCAAGGACAUGAACCCCGUGUGGGAAUGCGAGUGGAUUGUCGCAAACGUGCCAGCAUCAGGUUUCCUUCUGAAGGCCUAUGUCAUGGACGAGGACCCCGCGGAUCAUGAUGAUAAGCUAGGUCUCGCAUUCAUCGAGGUGCCUGAACUCUCGGAGGACUGGUCAGGUUUCAAAGGGAGAUCAUUCAAGGUCAAGAAGCGCUUUGGAAGCAAGCGCGUUUACGUUUUCACUAAUGUCUCUGCUUUCGCUACCGGACACCACAAGGAGUCCUUCUUAGUGGUCAGUAUCGAAUGCCUGGGCAGGACCCCCGGUACCGAGGGGUGUCAACUGUACACAAUUGGCCCCAACCACUGGUUCAAGCACUUUUCUCCGUUGAUCGGACGGCUGGCUGGUAUCAAAGAUCAAGUUCAAUGCAAAGACGGCAGUGGGAAGGCAGUCAGUCGCUACAAUUUCCAAGCCAUUCAAAUGCAGCUUACCGGCCCUGUGCCAUCAGAACUCUACCACCGCUAUGUGGAAUUCAAGCCGUUCGUAGCGGGUAUGUUCCAAGCGCAAAGUCUGCGAGGACGCAUCUUACACAAGGCACUCCAUCACCAGCACCAGCGCAUCUACAACUUUGAUCGCACGACCCUGCAUGGGUCAUUUGUGCGACCAUGUCGCGAGUUUGCGCAAAAGUUCUUGGAGUUUGCGCACUACGGCCAAGGCGGACGAAUCUUCACCUACGUUCUGACCUUGGACGGACAGUUCCGAUUUACGGAGACUGGCAAAGAGUUUGGUAUUGACAUGCUGAGCAAGCACACUAUGCAUAGUGAUGUGUCGAUCUACAUUGCUUACUCGGGUGAAUUCUUCGUUCGCCGACGCAAGCAUCGCCGUCGCCAUCGCCCUGCUGGAUCGCGCACUGAACGUGCUGAAACCAUUACCGAGGUUGAAAACGAGAUUCCCGCGGAGGAAGGCCAAGAGUCUGACCAGAACGAGGAGACUGUGGAGAACUCGACUGAUCCAGCCGACUAUGAACUUUUUAUUGACAACGACAGUGGUACCUACCGCCCCAACCCAGAAAAGCUGCCACUCUUGCAGGAGUUCAUGUCGUCCAACUUCCCUGGUCUCCACGUUUCGACCCUGGAUUGCCAAGCGGAUGCGGAGCGUAUGGGCAAGAUGAAGGAAGAGCAGCGCGAAUUCAAACAGCAUGAGGGCCAUGUCAUUACUUUCCUGCAACAAAGCAGUGCAUCAUCGCUGUCCAUCUCCAGCUCGGAUGAAGAUGAGCUCAACGAACGCAGUGGGCAAGGUAAACAACGUGGAGAUCUGUCCCGACGAGUACACGAGAUGCGCGACCUGCGAGGACAGGUGAUGAAAUGGGUAGAAGCGGAUGGACACGCAGAUCGCCCCAAACACCGGUACUUCUCUGGUCGAGAGCGCGCGGCGUCAACUAGUGAGAUUGAAGCGAGUCAGCGACCCGAAGCCACUCGAGCGAUUACCACCAACCCCAAUCACGAGGCCCCCUGUCAGCUCGUAACUUGA